AUGGUGCUGAUUAAGAUGAAAGAGAUUGUUGAGGCUUACCUUGGCACAACUGUGAAGAAUGCUGUCGUCAGUGUUCCGGCUUAUUUUAAUGAUUCUCAACACCAAGCCACCAAGGAUGCCGGUGUUAUCGCCGGCCUCAACGUCAUGCGAAUCAUCAACGAACUGACUGCUGCAGCUAUUGCUUAUGGUUUGGACAAGAAGGCAACCAGUGUUGGCGAGAAAAACGUGUUGAUUUUCGAUCUCGGAGGCGGAACUUUUGACGUUUCGAUUCUCACCAUUGAGGAAGGUAUAUUUGAGGUUAAGUCCACAGCUGGAGAUACCCAUCUCGGAGGUGAGGAUUUCGACAAUAGAUUGGUGACGAUGCUUAGAUACGCGCCGCCGGUUUAA